AUGGCAGAUGACGGCAGAACGCUCGGCUUUCUGUCCUUUUUCUCCUCGUGUCUUCUACUGAAUCGCGUCUCUCUGCUUUCUCUUACUCUCCUCAUCUUUCUUCUACACUUGCAUGCAGGCACUGUGAGGCCGGCGACUCCUGAGAGACUUUCUCAGCCGCGGUCUAGUGUUUUUCUCUUCGUGUCUGCUCGCGCAUCCAGUCCUGAUCCAACCUCUUCACUGAGAGUUCCAAACAGACUAGCCGCUCCGUCUUCUGUUUCUUCGCCGUCUUCUUCCAAAACGCCUGAGGCCAGUGUCUCAGGGGGACAGCAGUCUUGUGCCUCCUCUCCUUCCUCUGUGGCAGCUUCCCUUGAGGCCUUUGCUUCACUCUUUGUUUCCUCUCGUCUUGACGGAGACUCCUCUUCUUCUUCUGGAGUACAGACAGUUCCGUUUGCUUCUUCGGGCGCCUCUCCUCAGCCUGCUCACUCGAUCCUUUCAGUUCACCAGGCACCGGUCGGAGUCCUUUCCUCUGCGUUGCUCCCGCCUUCUGAAGAUGGCACAUCCCAUGAGGAGCCUCCCCUAACUCGUGAAGCUUCUCCUUCUGUGUCGGCUUCGCUUCCUUCGCCAACAUCUAUCUCGUCCUCUCCCUCAAGUUCUUCUUCAACCUCAACUGUUUCUCCCUCUCCUUCAUCUGAUUCUGCCUCUCCUUCUACUGUUUCAGCUUCUGCAUCUCCUUCUGCUUCGUCACUUUCUUCUUCGUCUGUGUCGAGUUCUUCGUCCUCUGCCCUUUCAAAGGCAGCGCCGGGCACUGAGACACCAUCGGGGGAGACGGGGAAGGAGAAGGAUGUUGACUUGGAGGGAGAAGACUCGGUUCUCAUCUCAGUUAACGCAGGGAACUUUGACAGAUUCCUUCGAGCAGAGGAACGCCUGGUUGUCUUCUUCUACGUCCCCUGGUGUGAGCGAUGCCAAAAUCUCUUCCCAGAAAUCUACGAUGCUGCUCUCCGUCUGCGCCGCCUUGACCCUCCGAUUCGCGUUGCCACGGUGGACUCUGCGGGCCAGGAAGAACUCGCGCGUCGCCUGAAGGCGGGCGCUGCUCCAUGUGUGAAACUCGUCCGACUUCUUCCUGCUGCUUCUCCAUCCUCUCCAGCCUCUGCCCAGGAAACGAAUGGCGGCAGCCGCGCUGCUCUCGAGGCGGCAAGGCGAGAAGGAGCCGCCCUGUCUCCUUUCAAGGGACUCGAAACGGAAGAGUACCAAGGCUUCCCUGACGCAGACCGUCUCGUCAGAUGGGCGAUGAAGAGGGCAGGCGCGCCGGCUUAUUACUUGAAGGAUUUCGCUACGGCAGAUCGCUUCCUUUUCGACAAUCCUGUCACACUUCUGGGCGUCUUCGACAGUGAUGGUCAAGCAAGAGACGUCUUCUUGCAGGCAUCACAUCUGAUCGAGGAGGUCACCGUGGCGAUCACAAAUAGCACGGAAAUUGCGACUAAACUUCAGGUUCCCAUCCCCAGCGUUCUUUUGUUCAGAACGUACGGCGAGCACAUGGUCGUCUUGGGGGACCGCUCGUCUCCGGCUCUCACGCCACAGGACAUCGCUCGCUUCACGAGAGAACAGAGAUUUCCUCAUGUGGUUCCCUUCAGCCCAUCGACAGCACCAGAUCUCUUCAAUGACGGCCGGCCGCUCCUCAUUCUCCUUCGCUCCGAGGACGAGGCGGGUCGGCAAGCCGAAGCGGCGCUCCAUGAGGUGGCACCGCGGCAUCGCAGAGAGAUCAUCUCCGUCGUCCAUGGGACAAAGGGAGCAUUCGCAGCUCGACUCAUGAACUUCUUGAAUCUCUCCAUUCAAGACAUCCCAGCUGCGGUGAUUGUCGAGAAUCCAUCUUCUCGUAUUUCCAAAGUUCAGUUUGUUUGUGAAGACAAGCCUCUGACUCGCGGGAGCCUGGAGCGCCUAAUAAGAGACUACCGAGGUGGGGCUUUGAGGCCAACGCGAAAGAGCGCGCCGCCGCCUCUCCAGGCUGAGCAGGGGCACACCGUGAAACUCGUGGGGUCGACGUUCGUCGAGCCUCUGCCGCCUCCGAACUCGGAAAUGCUUCUCUUUGUUUAUUCCCCCUGGUGUGCUCAUAGCACCAAGCUGCGUCCAGUUUUUGAGGAGGUAGCCACCCGUCUGGCUCACAUUCCAGAACUGGUGACGGCUGAGUUGGAUGGAACCGUGAACGAAGUCGAGGACGUCAACGUAGUGAGUUACCAGAAUUUGGUGGAUCUGCGCAGACGCGCAGGACCGAAUGCCUGGAAUGGCGACUCACUGUUGCGGCCGCCAAGUUCAAUUCGCGGCAAGAAAGACGAGGGUCAGCGCGAGUCGCUCUGGGACUUUGACCGAGACGUCUCGCUCACGGAUGUCAUCGCUGCAGACGGCUAUCCCGCGUUGCUGUUCUACACACACGACCAAGAGGAAGAGGACCUGGGGAAAACCAAGGAGAGAAAAACAGUUGUUUUCUACGACGGGGUUCGAGACGUGCAGAGCAUCCUCGAGUUUCUGCUCAUGCACAGCAAAAUCCUCACCAGAGAAAGACUCUUCAACUCGCUGCAGAUGUAA